AUGACAGGGAAUAUAUCCAUAUCGCCUUUCAUCUUCCAACGAUGCUUUCAGCAGGCGUGGUCCCGAUCGCGACGGGCUCGCGUCAAUUACGGGAGCGCCAAGCAUGGACACAAACUAGAUGAUUAUGACGUUCUGCAGCUUCCACGGAGAUUCGGAAUUGCCGUCAGCGGCGGCGCCGACUCCAUGGCAUUGGCAUAUCUAUGCAAGCAGCUGGAACGUUCAUCUGACCUUUCUGGAGCUAUCUCUGUCACUGCAUUCGUGGUAGAUCACCGUGCUCGUCCAGAGAGCGCCGAGGAGGCCCAAAAAGUCGCUGGUUGGCUUCGUGAUAUGGAUAUCAAAACUCAGAUUCUCAAGCUGGACUGGUCUGAGCUGACUUCGGGUCAAGACAAAUCAUCGAAAGAUUUGUCUAAGCUAACUGCCUUCGAGACCCAUGCGCGGAGGUUGCGUUUCCAAGCUCUCGGCCUGGCCUGUCAUGAAUUCAAGCUGGAAACGCUUUUAUUAGGUCACCACCAAGAUGACAAUAUUGAAACCACCAUUUGGCGGCUUUCUUCCGGCGCAAAGGGACUAGGUCUCGGUGGGAUCCCCGAGGUUGCUCGAAUUCCCGAGUGCCAUGGCCUCUUCGGGGCAUCUGAGAGCUGGUCCACGACUUCGAUCCCCGUCAAACCAGACGCCAUGCCUAAAUCCCGAGUUAGCUUCAAUGACCGGAAUCGCGGAUUGAUCACGAUAUCUGGGGAAAACAAACCCGAAAACACAUCUCAUGUAAAAGUUGCAAGUCCAGGCAUAUUCAUAUGCCGACCAUUACUGCAAUUCACCAAAGCAAGUCUCCUGGAGACUUGUCACAAACACCAAAUCCCCUACGUCUCCGACCCAACCAAUUUCGACCCUACCCUCACCCCUCGGAAUGCAAUCCGUAGCUUCCGCACUUCUGGAUCCUUACCUCGCGCGCUGGAAUCGCAAUCCAUCCUCUCACUAAUUCGCUCAAGUCAAGAUCUUCUCCAUAGAUCGAACGAGCUCUCUGACUCCCUUCUCUCCUCUCAAUGCCGAAUCCUUGAUUUCAACCCCAAAGCAGGAUCGGCCGUCAUUCAACUCCUAGACCCGAGUCCUGCCUCCAUGGACCCUCAGCUCGCUACCUUGUCAGACUCCCAAACCAGACAGAUUCAAACCCUCGUCCUCCGCCGUAUCACGGAGUUGGUCUCUCCAUUCCCUGAUAGUCAUUUUGCACUCCGCAGCUAUGAGCCUUUCGUGUCAACUGUCUUCUCUGGUUCGGAAAAUGACCAUGUUGAAAAUACGACAGGCAGUCCGGAGAAAGACAGCCUUCGGCAAUCAUUUACUUUAGCCGGUGUCAUGUUCCAGCCUCUAACGAACCAAACACAAAACUCGGGGCCAGAGACUGAUGGAAAAGGCCCGCGAUCUCGUGGUGACAAUAUAUGGUUGCUAUCCCGGCAACCAUUCAUGAAGGAUCGGGACCCCGUGACUCAGGUCAACGUCUCCCCAAUGGGAAACUUCACUCCAUGGCUCUUAUGGGAUAACCGGUUCUGGAUGCGACUGCGUUUGGUCCCCAGUGACUUGGAUCACGAUGCCAGCGAGUUAGGGCCGAAGUUGUCUCACCUGCCUAUCACUAUACGUCCAUUUCAUAAAUUGGACGUGGAGCGUGUGCGUAGAGAUACAGUGAACUCAAGACCACAGGGCGCAAAGAAGAACUCAGUGAUUGAGCGCGAAAUUCCUGGGACAUUUGAGAACUUGAAGGCUUGUUUAUCUACCGAGGCGCCUUCUCAAUUACGCUUCACCCUGCCUGUCUUGGCGAGGGAGGGCAUCAAUUCUAAGCCUGGGAAGCCCUUGGACCAGAAAGUCAGGCAACAACUGGCGUUGCCCACUUUGGAUUAUCGCUUGUCGGCUCACUCGGCUGCAUAUACCUCUGAAAGUGAGGUAGAACUGGUACAUUUACGUUGGCGUUGGAAGCUGAAGUGGCAGUGGAUGUACAAAAUGAUUGAUAGUGAGGCACUGCGCCUGAUGGGCUGGCCAGUUGGUGGACGCACCGAAGACGGUUAG